CGUGAGUUCUCGGAGCUCUCGACCGAUGGCCAAGCGGCUGCGUCUCUGUUUGUCCCGCGUGCUCCCCUCCUUCCAUGCCUUCCGCUCCAAGGACAACGGGGCCGCUUCUUCCUCCCUCAACUCCGACGAAGGCUUCGACGUCGACUUCCAUGAUCACCCGCCUCCCCUCCCCCUCCCCCUGCCCCGCCGUCCCCAUCCCCCACUAGUCUCCGCCAGUUGUUGCCGCCCUUCCCGCCGCCGGUCGCGCCCCGCCAGAGAGAGCGUCUCUGACGUCCCCCGGCCCGCGCCGCUGCCCCCUCGGGAGACGCCGGCGUACCUCUGGCGGAAGGAGGAGAAGUGGUGGCACGUCGUGCCCUGCGUCAGCGCACACGUCUACGGCAAUGUGCCGCUCCUCCCUUCGCCCGAAGAUCGACUCCGACGACGGUGGCGGGACAAUCCCAACGAUGGCCGCGCCGCUGCGACGGGGCGCCGGAAAAAAGUGGCGUCCAGAAGGAGGGCUCUCUUGCGGCGCCGAGCGCGGGGCAGGUGUUACUCCUCGGCCGACGACGAUAGUGGGUGGUUUAGCAGCGACGAGGAAACCGAAACGUUGAUGUCGACGACCGACGUGGAGCCCUCGGACACCGUGCUGCGACGCCGCCGCCGUUGCCGGCGGAAGAGCGUCAUCCGCGGCGACGGAAGGAGCAGCUGGCCAUCGCCGGAGGGUGCGGCGGCGGUGAAGAGGCUGAUCCCGUGCGCGGCGCCGGCGGUGAGGGAGAGCUUCGCGGUCGUGAAGCUGUCGGAGGAUCCCAGGGAGGACUUCCUGCGGUCGAUGGCGGAGAUGGUGGUGGAGAAGGAGAUCUUCGACGCUGGUGGUUUGGAGCAGCUGCUGCGAUGCUUCCUGUCCCUGAAUUCACGCCAACACCACCCCGCAAUCGUCACGGCCUUCGAGGAAAUCUGGGACUCCCUUUUUCCGGCGGUGGCUGCGGGCACCGACGCUGCCCGGCGCCGCUCUUCCCCGCACUCUACGUUGUAGCUGUAGUUAAGUAUCAGUACUAUUUGCCUAUCUCCGUGGUUGUGUGCUUGUAUUGGCUGUGCCAUUGUGUGGAUACUUAGCACGAUUAGUAAAGCAAUUCCAUUUG